GUUGACGCGACAAUCGCUUAAAAGUCUGAGUGUAACAAAAUAUGACAACAAAUAUAAGCAAACAAUCUCAGGUUAAACUAUUGCGAACACUGUUUAGACCACUUUUAAAGUAUUUUAAUUACCGUAGGUGAACUUUAAAGAUUUUACACUCGCUCUGCUGUAUAAAUAUUUAACUCACAAUAUUUCAACAGCAUAAUUAGUAGUACAAUUGUCUCAUACUAGCUUAGGUGAAAAUAAGUUUUAAAAUAUUCAGAAUUUACUCGUACUACCACUAUGCCGCAUUUAAAAAAGAAACCACGAAAAUUAAAACCUUUAAUAUAUGAGAUGACUAAAAGGAAAGAAAAUUGGAGAGCCUUAAAUGAUCCCUUAGAACACCCUUUGAAACUUCCAAUGGAACUUCAGGCUGAACUCGUGAAGGAAGUGGUGGACGAAGUUUCCUACCAACAUCUGGCAUUGAUACUGGGCUUCCCUGUGCCAGAAAUCCCUGGAUCAGAAGAACAAAGUGCCACCUCGGUGGAUACUAUUAUCCCAUUUAGACGACCUCGAAAGUUCGUUCCAGAGACUGUGGAUGGUUUAAAGCUGUCUGUCAGGAGCUCAGGGACAGCAGAUUCAGAAUUAUCUCCACAUGAUGGGGCUUCCAAAACCCCGUCACUGCUCUCUUACGAAACUGAAACCGAAUUUUCAUCUGAGCAGUCAGAAACUCAGACAUCCUCAGAAGAAUCUUCUGAAGCUCAGUCUGAAUUUGUAGAAGUGGAGGUGGAUUUUCCUGCUGACCGAGAGUUGAUAUCAAAGCACAAAGCCAUACUCAAGUUUCUGGGAUUGCCAGAAGCUGAAGCUGCCACUUGGAGAGUUAAGGAGACCAAGGAUGUCAGUGAGCUCAGUGAAAUGACUCUAGAGGAACAGGGAGAUUUCCUUAUUAACAAGAUUGCUGUGGAUUUCUGUGAAUGGCUGAGAGAGCUGGGAGGAAGUGAGAAAUCCUUUAUUAAUGAGGAAAUCUUAAAAGAGUUAUUCCAAAUUGGUAUGGACAACCCUGCAUCACGUGCUCUCUGCAUCAAACGUAAAGAGAAGAUGGUCCUCUAUUACAAGCUAGCAGAGUUCCUCAGAGUUCCAAAGAAAUCUUUCCAAGAAGUGUUAUCUUUACACCUGAAGUGGGAUGCCAAAAUGGAAAAAAUACAACCCAAAGUAAAGGCAUUUGGAAAAGGGCUACCAAAGAACUUGCAGUUUAAAAACACCAAACAACAAAACAGCUGAAACAUGGCUUGAAUGGAACAAAAUUUCCAAAGAACAGCUCAGUUUUGCUGAUGUUUACAGCACAAUCAAAGAUUUGAGAUCCACAAAGGAGUACUGCAAGUGGCUGAAGAACCAUCCAGAGCACAAGAGACCCCAGUAUCUGGUGGAUCAAGGCAUGUUUGGACAUUUGGAAUCCAGUCUAGUUCGUGGUUCAUCCAAUGACACGGAUACCAGUGCUGCAAAAUAAUUAACUGGAUACCUGCAUAGUUUGCUGAACUAUGAAUACAUAAGCUUGUACGAUUGUUUAAUAGACAAUUCAAUAAAAUAUAGCAGCGAAUGCUACUCAUUUAGUAAAAUUUAUUAUGCAAACCCUAAAAAUAUUCCGAUAUAGUAUAGCAUGAUGUUCAAACACUUGUCGUAGCGGGUGAUCACUUUGUCUAUACCCUCUUCAUAGAAGGUUCUCGCCAACGAAUAUAGCCACAACUCCAUGGCAGUCUUCACUUAAUUGUCGGUUUCAAAGUGUUGGCCGCCUAGUUCGAGCUUCAUGUGCAAGAACAAGUGG